GGCAAAAUGCACGGCCAGGGGUACGACACACUUGGUAGGAGAAAUCUAGGAAAGCCGCUAAAGCCAAAAGCAACCAAACCAAAGCAGCAAAGACAGAGACUCCUAUGAAAUGAAAUUCUUAACCGUACGUCCUAACAUCAAAUCCCGUACGACAGAACCGCUAACUCCAUAUAAUUCACAUUCAGGAGCAACACUUUUAUAUGACAACAAACCCUUCUUUUCCCAUAUCAAAAUAUCACCAACAAAUCGAACGGUGGAGAUCAUUUUUUAAUGAAAAAGUCCCUAUAUCAAUCAAGGAAAUAGGUGGGGACAGGAUAAUCAGAAGCGUGUGGCAUGGAGGAUUUGUAUACCCCACGGUAAAAAUUCUCCUAUAAGUCCUAAGUGGGGAGAAAUCAAAGUUGAAAUUAUGUUGCCUUUGUUUAUUCUUUUAGGUUGAGGACAGAUUCCAUUCCACCGAGUAUGAUGCGCGUAUGUCGUUUUACUACUUACUCUUCUUUUUAAAUCUCUACCUAUUUCCAGUGUCUUCGUUCCAGGCUCCAGCCUUGCAAUUUGCAUCCUGCACCACAUCUAACAGUCACCGCCUGUACCUUUCUCUCAAAUAUCUGCUGCUACCUUUAUAAGAUCAAAGAAUAGUUGUUUGAUCAACAACCUGGCGAACUUCGGCUUCAAGAGGAGAGGUUUUAAAGAAGGAUUUGGUGAAGCUUCUGAAGAGAAGCUGGACGUACAACUCUGGCCGACAAUCUAGUGAGACCUUCUCAUGCCGGAAAAGGCAUUGGCCCUUUCAUUUCCGGUGUUCAUUCACCUUUUGUUUGCACACGAUCAUUGGUUUGGUGCCUUCCUAUUGAUUAUGGCUAACUUUUGAUCAAUCAUUCUCUGAUGUGAUGUUUGCAACUCAAAUUUCACUCUUAAAGCUUAAUUAAGAUGUGGGCAUCAAUAGGCUAAGUUCAAGAAGAGGAACAAGAUAAAGAAGUGAAAAGCGAAAAUAAUCAGUGCAUCCAUUCAGGCUUCUUUGAGAGUUGGGAUCAUUCACCUUUGUCAAAUGGUAAAAUUCAAUUGUUUCUCUUUAUUGGCAGCGAAGAAAAAGAAAGAUAAGGGGGACGAUGCUUCUUCAAAAGCUGGUGAACAAAAGAAAGGGGUUAGAGCCCUCCAAAUUAAGCUCGAACACCCGAUGCAGCCUUUUGAGAGUGAUGAAUUGAAAUCAACAACUUUUACUGUCCCUGUACCUGUUGGCUCUCAGGAGGAUUCUCUUUGCAAUGUUAAGGUAAUCAGCCAUGAGAGUCCUGUUGAAUGUAAAGCAGCAGAGAUAGCAUAUGAAGGGGAAGAUGAGCAUGAAGAGAAUGCCUCAAUUAAGAGAGAAUUCUCCGACUUUGAUCUCCAAGCCCAUGUGGCCAAUUCAGGUGAAGAAGAAUUUGAUUUCAGAAUCAAAAGGGUUGCUUCUUCAAAUUCAUUUGAAACUGAAGCAAAGGAAGAGUUUAUCUGCCAAGAAGAAAAAGAUGCUGAAAAGGAUGUUGAUAAGAUUCAAAGUGGACAUAUUAGUGAUCCAGGGGUCGGGAGGGCUGAGUUCUGGGCUUCACCAAAGCUUAAGCGCUCUUGCUCUAAUUUGGAGACAAGGAAUGUGCUAAGAAGAGUAGCUGAUCAGUUGCCUCCUUCUAAGUCUCAGUCCUUUGAAGAAUUGCAGGAGUUAUCUGCAAGAGUAAGGGACGAUUUUAAUCCAGGCAGUCCUGCUUCAGAAAUGACUCGUUACAGUGCUGACAAAGUGAUGUUGAAAAAACAUUCUUCCAGUCAAGUUCUGCCUUCCAGAAGCAGAAGGUUAUGGUGGAAAUUGUUCCUAUGGAGCCACCGGAACUUGCACAAAUAUUGGACAACAAAACCACAGCCUCUUCCUGUCAAUGUUACUGUGAACCAGCAAGGUGGUUACUCUUCAGAUACAAUUGAGCCAUAUCGAGCAAUGAAACUGAGCAAGAUGGAAUCACCUGCAUCAUUUAGUGAAGAGUCCUUGAACAAAGACUUCAUGCGCAACUGUGAUGAAAAUCAGAGCUGGAACGUUUUUAAUCAUAGAGUUUCUGGUUUAUGGCCCCAGAACCAAUGGGUUGCAUUCCCUACUCCGUCAUCAUCAUCCUUAACAAGAGUAGAUGAAUGGGUGAGAGAUCUUGAAACCCAAAUCAAACAUCGUGCUGAUGAUGUGAAUGGUGAAGAGGGCAUAACCUUUCCACCUUCUCCAGGCACUGGUAAAUCACCAGCAAGAAGCACAGCCUACUUGACUCGCCGUUCAGAUAUCAAUCUGCCUGAUGAAAUUUUACAUGCAAAUAGUGUCAUUCAGACGCUCAAUUCUUCCUCAACUGUUGCUCACAUUGCAGGAAUAGGUUUGAAAGCAAUUCCAAUCAUCUCAGGUUACUCCAGCCUUCGGUCUGUCAACUUGUCAAACAACUUUAUAGCCCAUAUUACUCCAGGAUCACUGCCAAAGGGUCUUCACACGCUCAACUUGUCAAGAAACAAGAUCAAUACCAUUGAAGGUCUUAGAGAAUUAACUCGGUUGCGAGUAGUUGACCUCAGUUAUAAACGCAUCGCUCGAAUUGGACAUGGGUUGUCAAACUGCACAUUGAUCAAAGAACUGUACCUUGCUGGGAACAAAAUAAGUGAUGCCGAAGGGCUACAUAGGCUUUUGAAGUUGACAGUAUUAGACCUGAGCUUCAACAAGAUAACAACAACAAAAGCACUGGGCCAGCUUGUUGCUAACUACAACUCAUUGCAAGCAUUAAACCUAUUGGGAAAUCCAGUUCACAGCAACAUUAGUGAUGACCAGCUGCGCAAGGCAGUUUGUAGCUUACUCCCUAAGCUUAGAUACCUGAACAAGGAAACCAUGAAACCACAAAGAGCGCGGGAAGUGCUCACGGAUGAUGUUGCCAAAGCUGCCCUAGGGAGAGGCAGUUGGAGCUCUCGAAGAAAAGCAGCAAAAAGAGCAAGCCAAGGUGGAUCGACGUCCUCCAAUGUGCACAGAAGCAGUACGGGCAGAAGAAACAAGAAUAAAUGAAAAAGCUUUAUCUGUGAAGUCGCCUGCACAUGCAUCUUCAUCCCGUUAGAUAUUUUACCAGUAAUUUACCUGGAGAAUUCAAGGGACCCUAACGACUGGUUGCUAUGUAGACAUCUCUAUUCCCCCUCGUCAUGUUGGGGUUGUUUUUGGUAAUUUGAUUUGAGUUUGUGUGGUGUAAUCAAGUGUUACUGCAUGAACUUUUGAUUUCUAUUUUGCUCAACUUGACAGGAACAGUUAGAUGUUUUGCAUUUAGGCAUGGUAAGUAAAUCAGUCAAUAUAAAGAUUAUUAGCAUGAAAA